AUGAAGAGCUCUCUGAUUCUCGCCGCUUCUGGCGCUCUCAUGGCCUCGGCCAGCCCCGUUCUCCAGGACAGACGCCUCCACCUCACCACCUUGGUUGUUGAGGAGUGGGUUACCGUUACCGUCAUUGCGCCAGACAUGCCUGUUGCUACCGCGAACGCCUUCAAGUUUCUCCAACACGGCCCCGGCCGCCCGGUGUUUUCUCCGCAUCCUCAGGAAGCUUCCACGACCACGGUCCAGCCGACUAGCCAGGCUCCCGCUCCCGUGCCGACCCCUUCUUCCAGCAGCAUUGUCGUCGCUGCCCCGCCCCCUGCUCCGGAGACUACCUCGUCUACCGUCAUCAUUGUUCCGGUUAGCUCCAGCACUCAGCAGCCCGCGCCGACUACUGCGCCUGCCGUCGUUGCUGCACCUCCUGCUGCCACUAGCACCCAGCAGGAACCUGCUACUACCAAGGUCGACUCUCCUGCGGCCCCUAGCGCCCCUAGCAGUAGCGACUACGCCAGUACCCUUCUCUAUCACCACAACAUCCACCGCAGCAACCACUCUGCUGGUGCUAUGACUUGGGGAGAGACCUAUGCCCAGUACGCUCAGGAAGCUGCGGCCGGAUGCAAGUUCCAGCACGACCUGACUCCCGGCGGUGGUGGUUACGGUCAAAACAUUGCCAUGUGGGGCUCUACCAACAAGCAGACCGUCCAAGAUGUCGGCGCUGUCAAAGCCGGUGCUCAGGCCACAACUAACAUGUGGUAUAACGGGGAGCUUCCCCUUUGGCCUGCCUCCGACUAUGGCAAGGCGAACCCGGACAUGUCUAACUUCGAGAGCUGGGGCCAUUUCUCUCAGCUCGUUUGGAAGGAGUCUCAGCAGCUUGGCUGCUAUACCCAGUUCUGCCCCCAGGGUACCAUGAGCCCGGAUAUGGACGCCUGGUACACUGUCUGCAACUAUUAUCCUGCCGGCAACAUGGGCGGUGGCUACGGCACGAACGUUGCGCCUCCUCUCAGCGAGGCUCGCAUUGUUGCUUAA